UUUCUCUGGAACCUCCCAUAAUCUUCCUACCACCCUUUGAAAUGCCAAACAUUCUCCACUCUCAUUCCAUCCAAAACAAUCUUAAAACAAAACUUUCAACGAACACAAAAUUACCCCCACAAAAAAAGCAAUGGAUUUCAGGCUAAUGGGUUUAGACUCUCCCCUCUUCAACACUCUCCACCACAUUAUGGACCUCACAGACGACUCAACCGACAAGAACUUAAACGCUCCAACAAGAACAUAUGUUCGUGAUGCAAAGGCAAUGGCUGCAACUCCCGCGGACGUGAAAGAGUAUCCAAAUUCAUACGUGUUUGUGGUGGACAUGCCUGGGUUAAAAUCUGGUGACAUAAAGGUUCAGGUUGAAGAUGAGAAUGUGCUAUUGAUAAGUGGUGAGAGAAAGAGAGAAGAAGAGAAAGAAGGUGUUAAAUAUUUGAAGAUGGAAAGAAGGGUCGGUAAGUUUAUGAGGAAGUUUGUGUUACCAGAGAAUGCUAAUGUUGAAGCUAUCUCUGCUAUUUGUCAAGAUGGUGUUCUAACCGUUACAGUUAAUAAAUUGCCUCCACCUGAACCAAAGAAACCUAAGACUAUUGAGGUUAAGAUUGCUUGAUCGGUGUUCCAUUUCAUGUUUACAAAUCAGAAGCAAUGUCUGUUUUUUCUGUUUCUCUUGUUGGUUUGUGUAGCAAUGGUUUUUUGUGUUUUCGUAGUUGCCCCUAUAAGAUGAUCAUGUGAUGUAGUAAUGUGUAACAAUAUGAAAAUAAUGAAUUUUAAUUACUUGCUUUGUUUUUCUGUUUGUAAUAUUGUUGUGUUGCCUAUAGUAAAAUUUAGAAACGUAAGUAUUAAAUAAAAGAAAAUGUUUCAUUAACACUUUUUUGUCAUCUAAUUCAGUUUAUGUUUGAAAAAAAGUUAACAAUUGAUUGGAAAUGAUA